UCAUAGAUUUAUUAAAUAUUGUUUUAAACAUUGGGAGCCUAUAAGUGUAUAUAGUGUUUCAGUUAAGCAAUUGAUUGUUAUCUUAAUUGUUUUGGGAUGAAAUGUUUUCAACGCUACAAUGAAAAACUCAGUCGAGGAACGUUGUAUAGUUUGUCAACUAGUAUUUUGCUGCGGGGAUUGUCGUUGGAGGCAUGAAAAGGUUACACACGGUCUGACUUACGAUUGUCCCAUUUGCCGAGGUCACAGAUUCCUUUGUCGACCUGAAGACUUAAAUGAAGACUUUAUUCAACACCUCUCAACAGAACAUUUACCAUUACAGUGCAAGAAGUGCCAUAAGUUUUUCCUGACUAUGGAAGAUUUUGAUGAAAUAGAUAAAUGUACAACUAUUUCCGAACUAGUGGAUGAAGAUAAAAAAGAUUUAAAUGUUGAUAAUAAAUUCGAUUCAAUUUAUGAAAAAGUUCAUAAUAGUGAUGCUGAAAAUUUUGAAGCAAUUGUCUCUGUUAAUAAUUCUACCAAAACAGCGAUCAUUACGCCAAUUAUACGAAAGAAGUAUCUAGUCGAUUAUGAAUCUAGUGACACUGACUAUGAAGACAGUCCAAAAGAACAAAUUAUGGCAACACCCCAUCCAAAAUUGGUUCCAAAAACAUCAAAAUUUAAAAGGCAACGCGCAGCCACACCGCAUACAAAGAAGAUUUCAAGUUUAAUGAGACAGCAGGUGGUUGAAGAAGAAGAAGAAAAUAAUUAUAUUGAAGAUGAAGAUUAUGACGAUUCACCAAUCAGCAAAACAACGCCAUCUAGAAGUGAAAAUAUCGAAAUUACAGAUUCCGAAAAAGAAAUGACAACACCAAAUUCACACUUACCACACGUCAUGAAGCUCGCGCAGAUUGUGACUACCAGUACACCGACACACCCUGUAACCGGGGGGAACUGGUCCAUGUUCCCGGGACCUGGAAAUGACUCUCCUCUCUCGGAAAUCGAAACUACUGAAAGUCCAGCUCAAAGUAUAGACAAAGAAAUGGAGGCAUGUAAAACAGAUGAUCUUGCACCAAAGCUGAAAAGUAUUAUAAUUAUUGGAAGUCGCUCUAAGCUCGGUAGUCAAGAUAGCUCAGAGAAACAAGUUACGUUCCAGGAUAGUGAAAAUAAUAAUGAAUCUUCUAUUAAAACCAAGAAAGUUAAAUUCGCUGAUGAUACAGUUUUUGAACAGGAACCUAAAAGGAAGCGAGUAUUUAGAAAACCAAAACGUAUGUUAACACCUGGUCCGCAAAAGCCAAGAUAUACAUACAAUCCACGAUUUCAAGCACUAAUCAAUCGUUUCGAAAGUCAAGCAAUGACGUAUGCCCGAACACCACUCAAUACCAAAGAGCGCAAAGAAAAAGAUUUAGAAGACACACCACCGGCCGGAGAUCAUAAUAAGCCCGCACGAGCAAUAAGUUUCAAAGACGAUAGCCCGGUUGUGGAAACGGAAAGUCAAUCAAAAGAGUCCAAUGAAUUAUUCAAAACCUGCGUCGAAUCUCCAGUUGGACCGAUCAACAACGCAAUAUCAACGUUAACAGCUAAUAUUGCGGGCUCGCUCCAGACUUGUCUUACGUCUGUUUUACGCUCGACGGACGACGAAACAGAGAUACAAUUCAAAUUCGUUAUCACAAAGAAAAAAGUUUGUGUUAGAAGGCUUGCUGAGGACGGCGGAUGUGUUAAUUUAACUGAAGUAGAGAGGCAGGAACUGACGAAUAAAGAAAAUAUUUGGUCGUCUGUUGCGAGAGCGGUUAAGAAUGUUUUUUGGGGUAACCAAGUCACACCACAUGUACAAAACGAUUCUAGUGAUAGUUCAUCAGCUUCGAAAAGAAAAUUUGAACAGAUGUCAGAUUCGGAAAUGAGUCCAUUGAAUCAUAAACGUCACAAAUACGAAGGCAGAAUCAGAGGCAGACCUCCUCUCCACGGGAGUAGAUGUGGCGUUUCCACCUUAAGAAAUUCUCAUUCAGCUGAACAGCAUUCAAUAUUUAAAGAACUCUCAAUGAACCAGGACGAUGUCAUGAAUUUGAGUUUCUGAGACACAAAUAAUAUCCCUCAGUGUUAAGUUAAUGCGUGAUCACGUGUUUGAUGAUUUAUUUAAGUUUAAUUUGUAGAUAAAUAUUUCAUAAUUAAUUUAUAAACUGUUUUAGAACUUAUG